UGUUUGUGGUGUGUUAAAGCGUAAAAUAGUUAGUUACUAAUUUUUCGACUGGGUUUUUUGUAAAUUUGUUGAACCAGUUUCAACUACGUACCAACUGCUUAGCCUUUCAAAUCUGCUCUCACGUUCCAAAAUACAUGAUGACCGCUCAACAUACAACAGAUGGUAAAUUAAGUUACGCGACGUUGGCAGCUCUACAGAUUGUUUCUGGUGGAUCCGCAGGCUUCGUGGAGAUAUGUCUGAUGCACCCGCUCGACCUUAUCAAAACUCGAUUUCAAAUCCAACGGGGUAUUGACGAUCCGAACCGGUAUUUGUCGAUGUUUGAUUGUAUUAAAAAAAUCUACCGAAUCGAAGGUCCACUCUCCUUUUACAAAGGAAUCCUUCCUCCGAUACUUAUGGAAACUCCAAAAAGAGCCAUAAAAUUUUUUUCUUUCGAACAAUUUAAAAAGUUGUUUUCAUUGGGAAAAGAUCAUCAUACGUUUAUUAAUUUGACGUUUGCUGGUCUCUGUGCGGGACUAACUGAAGCAGUUUUUGCCACACCCUUCGAAGCCGUGAAAGUUCAACUGCAAGCUGAAAGAAAUCAAUUUACACAGCAACAAUCAGCCUAUUCAAAAGCUCGAGAAAUCAUUAAGACCUCAGGCUUAGGUACAACUGGUUUGUUCAAGGGCCUCUCGUCCACUAUGAUUCGUAAUGGAGUUUUCAACAUGGUUUACUUCAGUUUCUAUCACAACAUGGUCAAAUUCAUUCCAAAAAAUGAUAAGAACGACAUAGCUUAUCGUCUGGGCAUCGGUUUCUUCGCGGGAACAUUCGGUUCUGUGGCCAACAUUCCAUUCGACGUUGCAAAAAGCAGAAUACAGGCUCCCCAACAGUUCAACAUCAUCAUUACUGCCAACAACAACAGAAGCGGCAACUGCAGCACCUUCGAUGGCCACACUGUUAAGUACAGAACGUGCCUUGCCACUGUUGCCAUGAUUUAUAAGGAAGAAGGGUUCCUGGCUCUUUACAAAGGAUUGCUGCCAAAGGUCAUGAGACUCGGUCCUGGUGGUGCUAUAAUGCUGGUCGUAUACGAGAAGGUGCACAAGGAGCUGUCGUCCUGGGUAAUGAAUUUAUGAGGGGAUGACGUGACGAAAGUUUUCCAUGAUAACUCGCUGUAGUAAUGAGCGAUUGAUGAUUGCAAGAAUGUUCAAGCGCUUCCAAUUUGUUUCGUAAAUAAUGGAAUACAUUAUAUAUUACACAUUAAAUGCUAUAAAAUAUUUCUGGAAAUGGUGAAAUUUGCGUUAUUCGUCUAUUUUUUUAUUGAAUUUCUGAACAUUAGAUUUUCUAGAAACUAAUAAAUGAAUGGAAUAUUUUGAUCUGUAACACAAAAUCAUGUUUCUUA